UCGAAGUGUGUGUGUUGUGUCUAUUCUCUUACCUGCACCGAUGAUUGCACCUUCGCCCUACACCUCGUUCUUGGUGCAUUUCCCUACAGGGCAGCUUACACACGCACACAACCACACACACACACAACCACUGAUGCUCAUUGUGUGUGUCUGUUCCUGGUCGCGCACUGAAAGAAAAGAAGAAAGCAGCGGAGGAAGACGGGGUUCGGGCCAAGAGUUCAUGGCUGAUAUUGGGUGUUGUGUGCGGUAAUCGGAUCAUCGCCAUCAUCACCAUCAUCAAUCGUCAGUCUUCGCGACCUUCACACACAGAGAAAGGAGAAAAAAGAAGGAGUCACCGUGACGUGUGACACACACGCGAAAGUUUAGUUGAUCCCUGGCAUCACAGUGUCUGUUCGCGUGAGGAGCACUUUACCGUAAAACCAUCUGCCAGGAUAAAUACAUAAAAGUGAAGCUACGAACCGCCGAUCGAUUGCUGGCGAGAAGAACACUGGGAUUACUCAACACACGCCACUGAAGUUUGACGGGAUCAAAGUAACCAAGUAAACGCCCAAGCCUUUAACCGUCCGCAACGACAAUCCGCUGGUGUGCUUGGUGGGUGGUGGAGCUGCUGCUCUCGGGGCGACGGUAGGGCUUUCCCCCCCGGUUUUUUUUCGUGACACGGUAAAAACGGGCGGUGGCUGUGUGGCACUCCACACAGUCUCCAUCCGUACAGCGCACGGCGGCACACUGGGCACCCGGGUACGGCUCUGUCGGCAAACGAUGGCGGAGGUGGGCACCAGCUCGAGCGGCGACGGCGAGUCGGCCGCACCGGACAAACCGAAGGGUUCGGUCAAGUUCACCGAGGCCGACCUGGCCGCCAUCAAGCAGACGAGCGAUACGCUGAAGCGCAACCCGAAGAUGGACUUUAGCAAAGCGGACCUGCUGAAGCUGCUCAGCUAUCUCGAGGGCGAGCUGCAGGCACGCGACGUCGUGAUUGCCGUGCUCAAGACGGAAAAGAUCAAACAGCUGCUAACGGCGCCGCGGUACAGCAAGCCGCCGAACCUGAACGAUCCGCACGCGGCACUGUUUCGCGAUCAGCUUGCGGCAAGCGGCAACAUCGCAAGCCGCCAGUCCUCAUUUCAGGCGGCCCAUUCCGAGCACGAGAUGCGGCUGAUGAGCGACCAGCGGACGGGGGUGCGCGAGCAGAUGGAUUCGCUGGCCGCGCUCGUGAUGCAGCAGCGCCAGGCGCAGGCCAAGAUGAUCGAGGCGCUGAAGGACGCGGAGGAGCGACACAAGCGCGUCGUGCAGGAGCUGUACGACGAGCGGCGCAAGCACGAGCACACGACCGCCCAGGGCGACGACAUUACGUACGGGCUGGAGAUCGAGCGGUCGCGCCUCAAGCAGGAGCUGGACCACGAGAAGGACCAGCACAAGGUGCUGGAGAUCGAGCUGAAGAAGGUGCAGGAGCAGUUCGAGGCGGAGAAGAACCGGCAGAAGCAGAUCGUGCUGCUGCUGCUGGCGGAGCGCAAGAAGAUCAUCAUCAAGUACAUCGAGGAGCGGAAGCGGAGCGAAGACCUGGCGCAAAUACUGUCCGAGGAGAAGCAGCGAGUCGAUACGAUCGCGGAGGGGCUGGAGGAGGAGAGCAAAAAGUCGCUCCGGAUGGAGGCGGAGCUGGAGAAGCAGGCGCAGCAGUUCGAGCUGGAGCGGAAGCUGCUGCACCAAAGCCUGGCCAAGGAGGAGAAACGGGUAAAGGAACAGGAGGUAGAAAUACAGCAGCUAAAGGCGGAAAUUGAAUUGCUCCGCAAGCAAACCGGUAUACGGCAUCCGCUUGUAGCACCGCAGCUACCUACCAAACCGGGCGGGCUCGUACCAUCGCGGCCAUCGAUCGCUGGCGCUGGACCGGGUGGCGUACCCUCCGUCGGUGCUGCGGGAAGUCCAUCCUCGCUGGGAGCGACUGUCACUUCAGGAUCGAUAGGUAUACCAGGGCAAAUGAUUAGUAGCAUGGCGACGAAAGUUGUCCAGCCGACCGCAACCGUAUCGAGCGUUCCGGUUACCGCACCAACAACCGGAAUCGCUCGCUCGGUCUCGCCGGGGCAACUAAUCCGACAGACGGCCAUUUCGCAACUUUCCGUCACCUCGCCCCCCUUGGUCGGUGCAGCUGCUCCGGCAGCUGGUGGAGCCGGUGCAGCGGCAGGAGCAAUUGGCACCACGCCUCCCGUGCCAGCCGGCGCGUCACCGGACACCUACGCCAACACACCGGCCGGAAAGAUGGCGGCGUGUGCGGCGGGCGUGCGUAAGGCGGCCACAACGGCGAUCGGCGGUGGAUCAGCAGCAACAGCAGCGGCAGGAAGUCCAAUGUCCGGCUCGACGGCAACCAUCAAGAAGACAAUAAUACUGCCGGUCGGGGGGCGCGGCGUACCGCCACCGAUCCCGCCCAACAAGCCGCAGAUACCGCCGAAGCUGUCCGGCGUGUCGGCGGUCGCUGCCGUGGCAGCCGGUGCCGUCUCAUCCCGCAUACCCUUUCUCAGCAAUAGUGGCGGCAGCAGCAGCAGUAGCAGCAGCAGCAGUGGUAGUAGCACCGGUUCGAUCAACAGCAGCACCACUACCCCUGUUAGUCCCGUCAGCAGUAGUAUCGGCGGCAGUAACGCACUCAGUAGCAGCACCGCCUGUAACAGCAGCAGCAGCAGCAGCAGCAGCAACAGCUCGUCCGCCACCAGUAGUAGUAACAGUGUAGCAAGCAGCAGCGGCAGCAUUAUUAACAGCAACACUAGUGCGCAACAGCCAUGUCCACCAUCCCACAACACCACCACUGGCACAGCUAUCACUACCGCCAUGAACAUAAACACUACCAACACCACCACCACCCCUCCCAGCAGCACCAAUAAUAGUAAUAAUGCCGCCAGUGCGCCAAACGCCUUACUGCAGCAGCAACAGCAACAUCAUACUCAUCCCGUACCGCCGCUCUACACGCAUCAUCCGCAUCACGUUUCCCAUCUUGCUCAUGUUGCCGGUACCGGUGGGGCCUCCACCAACGCCCCAGCAGCGGCCACAGCCGCCACCGCCACAGCAACCGGUGGCGGCGCUACCCAACAGCAGCAAGGUUUUGCGACGGCAGCCGCAUCUGCCCCAUCCGUACCAUCAGCCGCCACCGGUGGGCCAUCCGAAGUAUUGACCACCACCAACCUCGGUUGCGAGGGUGGGAUAGUGUAAGACGGCCAAUCGGGGUGGUGUGGCCGUCCUGUUCAACGACUACAUUGAUCCGCCUACAGCCGUGGGACACACAGCAACGGUAAAGAUAUUGUAUCGUGCCAUAUACAUACACACGCGCUGGUACGUAGGAUGUUGCUCUAGCUAUUGUUAAGGAGUAACGUGCAAGCGCACGUCUUGUACGCGGCCACAUCACACAUACUACUAACCCACAAAACCCAUGCAUCUAGCGAAUGUUUGUGAUGUGAUUUUUAUUCUAUUUGCCUUUUAAAAGUGGUGCUUUUGAUUUGUAAUGUUAGUCCCUUACACUGUACCUUCUACCAGUACCGUGCGUUUUUAUCAGUAGCACAUCUAUUUUGACAAUGUUUUUGUUUUAUAACAAAAAAGGAUUCUAUUAGUAGCAUCACUUCGUUUUUAUCUUUGGACAUUGUAACAUGGCUGUAUAGUGUGUGGCUAUUCUUAUUUAUUGAUUAUUUAAUUAUAUUUUUUAAUUGCUAUUACAUCACACGAUAAUUUUGAUUUAACACAUUCGCUGGUGCAUUUGACCAAUAAUCAAACAAUACACAACUCAAAGUCAUAAAUAAGUAUAUAAGAUUCCUAUCCAAGAACACAGUACUACUAUGUGUACUGUUUUACCUACAUUCACUCUAAAGGACCAGUUAAAAUGCGUUGACCCAGUUGAGUAUUUAUUGUUACGAGCUACUACUAUUUACUUACUUAUCUUUCGGGUGCUACAACCGGUUUGCUUCGUAUCAUCGUAUCGUAUCAAUUUCACAGUUAUUACUGUGGUUGCACAGUAAUACUGAACAAUGAUUGCACGGGUAUGGAACCCGUUUUAUCCAUUAUCUAAAAAGGGGGAAACUGGUAAAGGUUUCGUCCUGCAGACUUGAGCAAUCUUCCAGAAAGUAUUGGAGCGUGAUUCAAGUUUUUCCAGAUGAUCUUCGAAGACUAUAUCUUAUUUAUCUGAUCUGCUGGAACUGCUGUGUGCAGACGACGGCAUUCUAGAAAGUGGUGGUACAAUGUCUUUGGCUUUACCAGUAGACGGGUUAUUUUUGCGGUUUUGUUGAUUUGCAAGUAUGCGUAUUUGCUGAUAUUUGUUGCGUUUGAGGGUAGGACAUAUCACGCGCAGGAUGCUUUUCACCACUGAGUAAGGCUACCGAUCCCUCCGCUGUGCAGUUAUAUCCCCUAGAAUGACAUCUGGUCUCUUCCUGGGGGUAUCUUCUUUUUGGGCUACCGCUGCCGCACAAAAUUGAAAUUUCAAUGGGACGAAAACUUUGUUGGAAGUGAUAUUUACAUCGCGCUGAAUCACAUAGACAACUUUCAUUAUUAAUAAUCAUAAUUCAUAAUUCCUAACUUUCUUAACGAGCAUAGGGUUAUGAACUGUUUAACUAUGAAUAUGCGUAAUAUAAAUGUGAGGAUUGAGAAUGAUGUAAACACGGAAGAUGUUAAACACUGAGUGCUAUACUCUACUGCACUUUGUUAUAUCAGCCAGAUUAAGGAUGAAAAUGCGGUUAAUCGUGUAGAAAAUUCUGCUCGAAGGCGCUGUAUUCUUUUCUACUAUCGGAUUACGUUUCUAAAACAGGCAGAGUGCACAAUCCUUCUAGUACUUCUCUUCCUUAAAUUUUAAAUUAAAUAGGACUUUAUGCAUGGCGCUCCAGUUAGUUGUGACGUCUUGUUAUAAUCGUUUCUAUUUCAAGGGGUCAGUUUGUCACACACAUCAUAAACCCUCUAAAAUCUUGUGAUUCUUCGAUGAUUGUUUCAUCGAGAACUUUACGCAUGACGCCACAGUUAGUUGUGACGUCUUGCUACUGUUCGACAUGUAGUCGUAUCAUCGGAUUUCGUAUCACCACUGUGGACAGAGCUAACAAAAGAGACGUCGCCACAGGAGUACUAUGCAGUAGUACAUGUACUGGGACUCUGGGACUCUCCUCUUGAAGGUAGUGUCCUUUUUGAUAGCUGCAGCGUGAGACGCUGUCGGAAGUUGGAUAAAUUCGGAAUAGUUAUUCCUUAAACGGUUCCAUCGCUUCCUUCGGCCCAGAUUCUACGACCUCGGUGCCCGAAUAGGAUUAAAACGAUUAUUAUAAGUCCCAGUGACUGUUUCAUCGAGAACUUUAUGCAUGACGCCACAGUUAGUUGUGACGUCUUGCUCCUGUUCGACAUUUAGUUGUAGAUAGAUUUCGUAUCAUCACCAUCGACAGAGCUAACAAAAGAGACGUCGUCACAGGAGUACUAUGCAGUAGUACAUGUACUGGGACUCUGAGACACUCCUCUCGAAGGUAGUGUCCUUUUUGAUAGCUGCAUCGUAAGACGCUGUCGGAAGUUGGAUAAAUUCGGAAUAGUUAGUUGUCACGUCUUGGUACGAUCGUCCCUAUUACUAGGUGACAUUUAUUCUUGCUGUGUGGAAAAUUGUAAACCAAUGUUUCGUACCAUACUCGUUGUAACUCGAUUGUAUGAAUCAUUUAUGUGCGAAUCAAUCAUGUGGAGCUUCUUAAUCAUGCCUAUCAAUCCGUAACUGUUUUGAUCUCUUUAGGUUCCGUUGAUUAAUGCCUAGUAAUACGAUAGAAAUGUUGAGCGAAUUCAAUAAAUCAUGACCUUUAAUAAUUGGACAUGCAAUUUUGGGUAAUAUAAUAAAAGAAUGUCGAAUGGAAUGAUUGUUCAACCGGAUAACGCAAUCAAUUGUUCUCCGAGAAUAAAGUGGUCCUCGGACCAUCAUACAAUAUUCAGAAACAGACAGAGGUCUUAACAGCUUGGCUGAUAGGACUUCAGUAUUGCUUACAGGGCUUACUGUAUCAAGAAGAGAACGGUCGCGAGGGAGGGUGGUACGCUUAGCAGAAGGGUGUGAAAACGUCUAACUUUACAUAUUUGUCUGAGAGACGAGUCACCUAAUAGAAUCUGCACAUUCUUUCUUCAUCGGGGUUAUGUUGAAUAACGCCUCCACGAUGGAUUUAACGAUAAGGUACACUUAACUUAACUUAACUUAACUUAACUUAACUUAACACUGAACUGUUCGCGAUGUGUGCUUUGAGUCGUUAUCAUGCUGAAAAAUGUAAUGCUUUCGCUUCCGAAUGUUUCUCGAGAGUAUGGCAACAUCUUACGACGAAGUAUUUUUCUGUACCCUUCCGAGUUCAGUGUCCCGUUGAUACGGAACAAAGGACCCGUGCACUUUAUUCCAGCAGCCGCUAUCCUUUGAAUAAUCAGGCUCUGAUACUCGGUACAAUGUUUACCUCGACCCAUUGUUUCACGUAGCGACUAACGCGCACAUCCUGGUUUACCAAAUAACACUUAUCUGUUCGCGAUGUGUGCUUUGAGUCGUUAUCAUGCUGAAAGAUGUAAUGCUCUUCGCUUCCGAAUAUUUCUCGAGCUUAUGGUAACAUCUUACGACUAAGUAUUUUUCUGUACCCUUCCGGGUUCAGUGUCCCGUAGAUACGGAACAAAGGAUUAUUAUUAAUAAGGUUACUGAUACAUGAUUUUUGUUCUAAACGAAAUUUUGCUCGAUCGAUCCAUGACAAAUUGGAUCGUCUUUCGCAUUCGUUUGGAUAAUCACGCUCUGAUACUCGGUACAAUGUUUACCUCGACCUAUUGUUUCACGUAGCGACUAAGGAAGUGAGAAGCUCACGGUGCAUGAGAUCAAGCUCCUUGAUGCCAUGCUUAACUUCAUCAAGCGUUGUGAGUAGUGGAGCCUCAGGGUAGUUGCGUUCCAUUGAGUGAGAAGCAGUAAGUGAGUCGAUGAUAUCUUUCACGGAACGAAUUGACGAUGCUGAUUUCUGUUUCAUCAAAGCUAUCUCGUUUCUAAAACAAUCCAGUGAAGAGGAACAGUGACAGAACGACAGUCACAGAACGUGAGGUAUCGCGGAAAUCGGACUGCAACGAUUCCAACAGGUAGGCAGCGUCACUAGAAAGGUCCAAUGCACUUAUCGUGGUAGUAGUGUUCACAUAGACCGAAGCACGGAAUUGGAUCGUUGCUAAUAGCACCUUCACAUUUCUUACAGAUCACAGUCGCCAUCGCAAAAUAGCCCAAAGUUCAACUGCACAGUGAGGGGUCACAACAACCGCAGGCGGAGUACAAUGUUUAUAUGUUGAUGCUAUGAGUGACAAGUGACAUGUGGGGUGUGGGGUUAGAUGUGAUAUGCACUUUUAAUUGUCCGAACACUGUAUAUGUUUGUAAGAUGUUGUUAAUUUACAAGUUUAUUUCACUUUGGAACUGAUUGGUCAGAACGCGACUUUUUGUGUCAGAGGUCAAAACGCGACUUGUUGGUUUGGGGAUCAGAACGCUACUGUUCGGAUCAGAGUUCAGAACGCGACUGUUUGGUAUGGGGAUCAGAACGCUACUGAUCGGGUCAGAGUUCAGAACGCGACUGAUUAAGCUGAUAAGAAUUCUCUCGGUCAGAGAAUACAAUCAGAGCUGAUAAGAAUUCUUCAUACAAUCAUCGCUAGACGUCGUUACGUUCGCACCCUCCGCGUCACACACUUUCCUGACUUUGUACCGCCCAUUUCGAUUCACCUGAACUACCUCAUAAGGUCCGAUAUAUUCACUCGCAAGUUUCCGUCCCGCCACAAAUUGAGUCCUACGGAUAGCUACUAAGUCCCCUACACUAUAACCCCUUUCCGGUUUGCGCUUUUUAUCAUAUUGUCUUUUGUACUGUUGUUGAGCUUUCGCGUUUUUGGCCUCGAGUCUCUUUUUUUCCUAUCUUCAUCAAAUUCCUCAUAUAACUCAUCAUUUAACAAUUCUAUUAAUUGAUCACUCGCCUUACUCCUCAUUUGUAUCCCAAACAUCAGCUGAAAUGGUGAUCGUCCCGUUGACGCG